CGCACAAGCUUCUGGAGAAGAACGUUCACAUGGGUGGCUCAGGCGACUCGGUUAACCUUCGAACAGUAUACUUUUAGUGCAAGAUAAAGGUACACUUUCGUGAACUAUGAACCUCGGCAAGUCUUCGUUAUCUACUAUAAAGGCGAACAAGCUGUGAAUGAUUCCUAAGAAUGCUCGCCCACGCUCUUCCGCCACCCGUUCCCAGUCUAGACACGUAUCAUAGCGAUGUAACGAACUCACCCGAGGUUUCGCACAUAGAGGACACGCCGUCUGUUGCUGCAAAGCACUGGUUCAAGUCGCUUUCAGAUGCAAUAGAAGCAAAGGACUCAACAACCAUCACAGCUCAUUUUUUAGCGGACGGGUAUUGGCGUGAUCUUUUGUCUUUGUCAUGGGAUAAUCGUACCUUGCAUACUAUCCCGGUCAUUAAGAAUUUCCUCGACGACAACGACCGUCUAAAAUCCUCAGGACUCCGCAAUUUCAAGCUUGAAGGCAAGCCAGUUCUACUCAGAGCCAACCGAGAUUUUACCUGGGUACAAUGCUUCUUCACGUUUGAGACGAACGUCGCCCGAGGUCGAGGCUUCUUCAGGCUAAUGCGUGGCGCCGAUGAUGGUGCAUGGAAAGCAAAGACAUUUUACACUGGAAUAGAGGAGCUCAAGGGAUAUGAAGAACACAGGGGCAGCACGCGCCCUGUCGGUGUCAACCAUGGAGCUAACACAGAUCGCAAGUCUUGGAAAGACUCACGCGCAGAGAAGCGCGAAUUUAUCGAUGCAGAACCAACAGUGCUCAUCAUAGGUGCUGGUCAGUCUGGUUUGGCCGUAGGCGCCAGACUAGGCCAGCUCAGUGUCGACACGUUACUUAUCGACAAGAACGAUCGAGUGGGGGACAACUGGAGGAAACGUUACAAUUUCCUCGUCCUUCACGAUCCAGUCUGGUAUGACCACCUUCCCUACGUCACAUUCCCCCCACACUGGCCGGUUUUCACACCAAAGGACAAGCUAGGCGACUGGUUCGAGGCCUAUGCAGCGACAAUGGAGCUCAACAUCUGGAUGCAAAGCACCAUCACCUCCGCCACGUACGACGAACCCUCACAUCUCUGGACCGUCACCAUCGCACGUGUAGGCCAUCCCAACCGCAUCAUCAAACCAAAGUUCAUCGUCCUCGCCACCGGACACAGCGGAGAGCCUAACAUCCCUGUCUUCAAAGAUCAGAAUAUCUUCAAGGGCCACCUCUGUCACUCGAGUCAGCACACCACAGGAGGCUCCUUCAAGGGCAAAAAGGCUGUUGUCGUCGGCUGCUGCAAUAGUGGUCACGAUAUCGCACAGGACUUUUAUGAGCAAGGGGCUGACGUUACUAUCGUACAGCGAUCCAGUACCUAUGUGAUGUCAUCGGCCGCUGGGCUCGGGGUGUUGUUCCGGGGUUUGUACGAAGAGAAUGGGCCUCCUACUGAGGAUGCGGAUAUCAUGUUCUCGUCGACGCCUAACCAUAUGUUCCAGAUCUUGCACAAAUACACCACUGAAGAGAUCGCUGAGAUCGACCGUCCUACGCUCGACGGACUACAGAAGGUCGGGUUCAAGAUUGACUAUGGUAUCGGCGGAUCCGGGUUCAUAACCAAGUACUUUACCCAGGGCGGGGGAUAUUAUAUAGACGUUGGCGCAUCCAAGCUGAUCGCAGAGAGGAAGAUCAAGCUGAAGCAGGGGCACGAAAUCAGUCAUUUUACGGAGACCUCUGUCGUCUUUGAUGAUGGUACAGAGAUCGAGGCGGAUAUCGUCGUUCUAGCGACAGGAUACAAGAAUAUGAAGACCACGGCGGUGAAGAUCCUCGGUUCAGAGGCUGAGCGAAUGAAAGACGUGUGGGGUCUGGAUUCUGAGGGAGAGCUGAGCGGGAUUUACAGGAAUAGUGGACAUCCCGGGAUCUACGCUAUGGGAGGUAACCUUGCGCUUGUGAGGUUUUGGAGUAAGAGGUUGGCGUUGAGGAUUAAAGCGCAGGUAGAGGGCCUUGCGCCUAUGUAAAGUUAGGUGCACUCAGGGUCGUCGAUCAGAGAUAACGAGGACAAAGACAGAAAGGACGAUUUCUUGACGAGGACUGGGGCGAUAAGAGGAGAAAGGAG